GCACGAAAUUGUAAGAGGAAUAUCAAUUUCUACAUAUAUAUAUCCGGAACCAGCCCUCUUCUUAGUUUUCUUCACCCUUUUAAGACCUGGUGGACAUAUUCAAUAAAAAUCAAACUUUUCCAGAAAGCUCCAUCAAGAUGGAAGGCUCUGUAAGAGAAGGCGAAGGUAUGCUUCCUCCAUUGAAUCCCAUGGCAGAACAAAAAAGAAGAAGAGAAAUAUGGGUUUGACUCAAAUCGAAAAACCGAAGAGGAGAUAGUAGUAGAAGAACAAGAAGAAGGUAAAGGCGGUGGAGGCGUUAUUAGGAACUUGAUGUCCACCAUGGCCUCUCAUCUGGGAACGAGAACAGGGGAACCCGAAACAGAGGGCGACGCCAGAAAUGAGAUGCCGAAGAAGGAAGGUGAAGAAGAUGGCGAUAUCGGGGUAGAAGAAGGAGGAAUCUUGAAUAAUAUAAUCUCCAAUUUGUUUCAUCAAAAUGGUGAUGAACAAGGUAAGAAAAUGGAAGAUGAUGAUGAAGAGAAGAACAAGCAACUGAAAACAGAGGAGGACACUAAUGGCGGCGUCAUUGAAAACAUCGUCUCCCACUUGCCUCCUUCCAUCCCAGAUGAUGCGGUUCCCACAGCUGACGAGGCUGCCAUUCUAAUAAACUCUCUUGUUCGUGAUUAAGGCCUAAUGGAAGCUU